GGGAUUAUUUUGUUUGACAUUUGGUGAUUUUGUGUAAAGUUUUUGUCUUCUUUUUAAAACUUAAUAAUAAUAGAUCCAGAAAGCCGAAGCGUGCUCUAACUAGUUAAAAAGGAAUUUGUGAAACGUGCGAACCGUUAAUCUGGCUGCUAAUAGCGAAGAUAAAACGCAAAAUAUGGAAGUGGAUCAGUACACCAGUGUAACCACCGAAUGGUCAUAUUCUGGCGAAGGAUCACGGUUACCGCUCAUCGACGAAUCUUCUGCACUUGGGACGCAUUUACCAAAGGACAGGUUAAUUGCAGUACUGGAUCAAGUUGAGAUGCGGGUAGAGAGACUCAGGCGGGAUACUGUGCGCAUUGAAGAGGAACGCGAUUCUCUGCUGUCCACUUUGGACAGUGUGAAGCACUCGGAACUCUUGGGCGACAUAUCGGAAUGUGAUAAAGACGACAUUAUUCGGUACGCGGAUCGCAUCUUGGCACGCGCAAUGACUGUGGAAGUGGCAGUGCGCACUGAUCGAGACUCCCAACAAGAAGAGGCUCUGCAUCAAGUAAGGCUUGAUCAUUAUGUUACUAUAUUAUUGAAAUGUAAAGUCUAUUUUUCCACUGCUGAACAUAUGUAUCUUCAAAAUUGUGAGGAAUCAGAAAUUGGAUGCUGUAUACAAUUUUAAUUGUUAUUCAAUAUUAUCAAGACAUCUAGACACACGGCUGUGAGUCAGAAAAGUUCGGAAAAGAAAAGGACAACUCAUUGACAGUAUGUGUAUUUACAUGAACAAAUUCGAGCCACUUUUGAACGAAAAGAAUAUACGCAAGGUCAUGUAUUCAUUUUGGAUCAAUAAAAUUAUAAAACUUAUCAAAAAUUAAUCACAAAAAAAUAUGCGUGUUCAAGUUCGGUACUAACGACUUUCGGGGUGGUCGGCGAGUUGAGGUUUGAACGGGCACCAAGCUCCAUUGGCGUUCCAAGAAUGUUUUACAUUCCUAUAGAUCCUAUGCUAUAAGCAAAUGUUCGGGUUCCCAGGUUCGAUACCGGCCGGCACCAAAGCAAUUGCAAAUAAAUUUAAGUGCUGACGUACUGAAAUAUUUUGAAGUUAUUUAAAAUCUCUGUCAAAAUUCUCAGAAAUGGCAGGUCUGACUGGACCGAAAGACCUGUGCCCAAAAAAGGCCUUAUAAGACCUAUGCUAUAAAAUUAAAUUUUAUUAUAAAAAAACUGGGCAUGCUGCAUAUCUGACAUACAAGUUUCUUUGCAUUUUUCCUUAUUUAUGUAAUGAAAAAUGGUAUUCUUACGAUAUUUUUAUUUAUAAUUGAUUCAGUGGUUCUGGCAUCGGAGACUGAACUCGAAUUACUUACGCACGCCUGACGGGAAAAAACGACGCUAAAUAAUUAUUAUCUGUAAUUUCUGCGCCGUGAUCUAAUACAUUUAACAAUGUAACCUCGCUUCAAGGCCGAUUCUUUGUUUUAUUAUAUGUACCAAUAAGAAGCAUGACUUUAAAGCUAUAUUUAUAAAUAAGAUAUCUUAAAGAAAGUGCUUGUCACAUAACAUUUUUAUUAUAUUUCCAGUGUACGUAAUUAAAUGAUUAUCAAUAGAUAUUACGGUAAAAACCAUUUGAUAAGAUAUUCUGCAACCUUUGUUACGAAUAUAGUUAAUUAAAUAUACAUAAGUAAUUCUGUCAUUGCUGGCAUUGCAUUGAUUUUUUAAGUGUUGGUAACCUUGCACUAAGACGUUCAUUGCUCUUGUCUAGACAGCGGCAAAGAACUUUUGUGUAGCAUACAUAAAUAAAUUGUUACACUGGGUAUAUGUAUUACUAUAUUAUAAAGAUUAAUUUUAUACUACGUAUUAUAUAAUUUUAUUUAAAGACUAGCUGUUUCCCGCGACUUCGCCCGCGCGUAAUAUAUUACGAAUGGAUUUCAUGGGUUUUAAUUUUUUGUGCGGAACCCUAAUUAUUUUUCUAAAACAAAUGUAACCGAAGUUACUUAUUAUAACAUCAGCUAUCUGCCAGUGAAAGUUCGGUCAAAAUCGGUCCAGCCGUUUCGGGGAUUAGCCGGCACAAACAGACAGACAGACAAAAAUGUAUAAAAUCGUGUUUUUGUUAUAAGUACCGUAUAUACUUUCAUAUGUAUAUAGUAAAAAACUGUUAUCUCGACAUUACAAACAGACACUUCAAUUUUAUUUAUUUGUAUAGAUUAAAUAAUAUUAGACUUUAGAAAAACCUAAACAACAUGCACCAACUCAAGCUGAUUGUUUAAUGUUAUUCAGGUGAUCCUGAUCAGGAGACUAGGAUAAAGUUAAUAAAUGAUUGUAUAUUUUAUUAUUGCACAUUUUCAAGUCAAUCAGCCGUCUACAAGUUGGUGAAAAUGGCAUUAAAAGAUUCCUUUAUAUAUAUUCAGGGAUGUUUUACAAUAACCGGCGAAUUUGCAGAGAAUGUUCAGAAUAAGUAAUAUAGGCAAAUAGUGAAGAUAUAUUAAUUAAAAAAAGUCAAACAUUCUGUCCUUUUUAUCUUUUAAAUUCAAAAUGCGUUGUAAUGCAUUCAUUUUCACUGAUUUUACUGCGCACGCACACAUUCGCAAGGGUCGAUCGGUAGGCAAAAUCGUUGCCGAUAAGUCACAUUUAAUUUGGGACAAUUUCAAUUAAAAGUUAUUAUUAUUAUAUUAGCCCUAUUUACUACUAACGGUAUAUCAUUAUUUAUAUAUUUGAACUUAAAUUAAAAUUUGGCUAUUCUUUGAAAAAUAACACUGUAUAGAUAGUUAGAUAGAUACACGCGAUUCUAAAAAAAACGUGUUAUAAAGAACACUUUUAUAUGUUUAUUUGAAAACGUUUUCACUUGAUACGUAUAGUAUUUGGUACAUGACUUGCUACAUCCAAGUGAAUUGCUUACGCAUUUGUUCGCAACCACAGACAUCAGAAGUUCCUUCAUCCGUAGUCGUAACGCUGCGGGGCUGCGGUAUCGAAUCCCGCACGGAAUAAAUGUUUGUAUAGCUUAGAUUUGUGUCUUUUUGCAAUUUAUGUAUUUAAAUCGCCUCCUAUCUCAACGAUCUCUUAAAAGAUCUCAUAAAAUUAGCUUUUUCAGACGAGAUUCUAUCAGGUGAAGGAUCACGUCUCAGAUCCUAUCGAUAUGUUAUCACUGACAACACGAAUUGGUUGUACAGUCUUGAUUUACACUCAUCUUUUCAAGUUUUAAGGCACGUACACAUGUGUAGUAAUGUCCCGAGCUACCCUGGAGGCCAUACAAAUACGUAAAGCAAAACCACUUUGCUACCGAAUCGUCAAAAAUAAAUGUACUUACGAGGGCGGCACUGAAAAUUUCGGGAAUCAAAGAAGUGACACAAAAUUACUAUUUAAAAAUGUAUUUAUUGCUCUUCGAAGUAUUCUCCGCGAAAUUUGACACAUUUUUCCAUACGAUGGAACCAAUCUUUGAAGCAACCAUUCCAUUCGGAAGUUGGGAUCUCCAAAAUGGCCGUUUUGUCCACAGCUUCUUCAGGUGAUGAAAAUCUCUGUCUACGCAAUUUAUUCUUUAUUUUAGGGAAAGUAUAGAAAUCAUUAGGGCUUAGGUCGGGGCUGUACGGCGGAUGGUCUAAUAACUCUAUGUUUUCUUGCUCUAAAAACUUUUGUUCUGUGUGCGGUGUGAGAACUCGCAUUGACGUGAUGGAGGAUGAUGCGGCGGUUGCAGUUCUCUUUACGGAGUUCAGAAACGACCUGUGGCAAACAAAUGCUAGCAUACCAUUCUGCAUUAACCGUUCUUUGUCCCUCAAGAAGAAUAGUCGUAACAUGGCCGCUUUUGGAGACAAACGUGGCCACCAUUUUUUUGCAACACUCCGUGAACGAACAAUUUUUGUUGGCUUUAACUCAUUUUCGAACACCCAAACUCGUGACUGGUUUUUGUUUCGGGUUCGUACGCGUAUGUCCAGGAUUCGUCACCUGAUACGAUGUUGUAUACAGCAUUUGAGGAUCCUGCGUGGAAUCUUUCGAGAGUUCUGACGCACCAAGUAACGCGAGCCGCUUUUUGCUCUUCACAGAGCAAAUGCGGUAUCCAUCGGGAAAACAACUUUUUACACCUAAUUGUUCAUGCAAGAUUAUUUGUAUUUGACUCAUGCCAAUGUCUAAAGUUGCCUGAAUUUCGCGGUAUGUCACAUGUCGAUCUUCCUCAAUCAGCUUACGCACAGCAUCAACGUUUUCUUGGGUGACUGCAGUUUUUGGACGACCUUGACGGGGAUCAUCACUGAACUUGACACGUCCACGUUGAAAUUCAGCAAAUCAGCGAUAAAUUGUGGUUUUGGAUGGGGUUUCAUCACCAAAUGCAGAAAUCAUCCGGUCCACACACUGUUUUUGUGUUAAACCACUUCGAAAGUCAUAAUAAAUCAUCGCUCUUGAAUUUUCUCGAGUCAAUUCCAUUUUCUCAACGACUAAACAAGUUUGACAAAACCUUGUGACAAGACCGAGAAUCUUUUUUUAAAUAAAUAAAUGGUAUUCGAUUUUUAAAACCAAGGACUUUUCAAUUAAAAAGAUUUUAAUAUGACAGGAACAGUGGAAAUAUUCCAUUCCUGAUACUUUUAGUGCAGCCUAUGUAUACAUUAUUGGUAUCAUAGAAGAGGACAUGCAAAUAAUAAAAGCUUGUCUAUUAGUGAGUGGUGGGUACAGUGUACAAUGGUGGUAUAAUAUGAGAGUAAAAAUUAUCUAUGUUGGUUGCUGCAUAAUUUUAUUUUAUUAAAUCAUCUUGGGAACGCAAAAAUGAAGGUCCUUUGUCAAUUAUUUGCUUAUAAUUCUAAAACUACAUUUACGUGGUAGAGCCACGCUGCAGAGUAUUAUAGUUGCGGCAAUAAUCAACCAACGUGAAAUAGCUGUUAUACUGUUGUGUUUCGUAUGUUGGGUGACGAGGACCGGAGACCUUUUUUUAUUGGUAACGAUUGUGGCGGCGCGUUAAAUCGCGCUAACAAAGUUCCGAAGUUAAAGCAGUAUAUAUAGAAUAGCUCCGAACUACAACUCGAAGCGUUGGCCGAUCCCCGGGCAGAACACCUUGCCCGGCGGGAAAUCUCCUCUGUUCCUUCCACCUGCCACACGAUCAUUUCAUCUUAGUACUAAGGCACGACAUCUUAUCUGCAUUUUGAUUCUUAAUCGAGGAUAGAUGUAGGUCUCUACGAGCCACUGUAUCCAUUUAUGAUUAAAUGGACUGUGUGCUCGUUUGUCUCCCUUAUUUCUAUUAAAAAGGCCGCAUGUUAAAUUUGUCAUUUCUUGUUAAUAUGUGGCAAUCGUAAUUUUAUUUCACAAUAAAAUUACGUGGUAGAGCCAUGCUGCAGUUAUAUUUCUGGUAUAGUUGUAACACGAAUGGGUCGGCUCGACCGGGGAAGGACCACGUUCUCACAGAAUACCAGCGUAAAAUAGCAGCUUAAUGCUGCUGUGUUUCGUAUGGUGAGUGUAGAGAACCGGAGACCCUUUUUACUGGAAAUGAGGCAUUCCAUCUUAGUCCUCACGGGUGACAACGCAUCUGCAUUUUGAUUCGUAAUUCAGGAUAAAUGUAGAUGUCUAUGGGCCACAGCAACCACUUACCAUCAGGUGGACUGUGUGCUUGUUUGUCAUGCUUAUCCUAUAAAAAAAAAAUCAAUUUGAAUGAAAUGUGAAAAAUAUAAAGUAAUUUGCAUACAAUAUACUAGCUUCAUAAGUGUAUUGUAGGCGCUAAGACAAAGUGUAUUGGAGAAUUAAAGCCAAUCCUUUAGAUGGUAUUAAAUUAUGCAGAAAUCAUUUUGUUAUUUUUAGUUUUUGGGUAAAUCCACGGCAGAGAGUAAAAAAGGCGAAAAUUUUUUUGUGAGUAUUUUACAUUUUUUUCAUAGUUAAACUGUUGUCAGAGGGUAGUAGUAAACUAUUAUGAAGUUUGUUCCCAUAUUUGUUAUGUGUGUCCUUGACAAUGAAGCGUCAUUCAUUACUCUCAGCAAUUUUGUGAAAGUAAGGUGUAAAAGCUAUUAAAAUAUCAUAAAUUAACUAAAGUGUAACAAUUGGUAAGUACACCUACAUUUUUUAUAAUACGUUGGAUAAUGUGUGUAAAACUAAAAACUUAUUCUUAUUUGAUCAAACUUAUCCAAAGAUAUCCCCAUUUGAAAAUCCGUUUGUUAUUUGAAACGCAAGUUACCAUUAUAUCAUAUUAUUAUAAAUUUAUCGUGUUACAUUAAUGAUUAUUAAUGAUUAAUAACUGUUAUGUUUCUCUUAAAUAUAGUUAAGGCGCAUACAAUUAUCUAAUUUGUUUGCUUUUACAGGAUAGAGUUUUAUUUUUAUUCGCUUAACAACCUUGUUACGAAAGUUACCGGUAACUUGCGUUACACGAGUUUAAUAACAGUUAUCUUUACAAUAUCAUUUUAAUUGCAGUUGCUAUGCCACUUAGUGCUGCAGAAAAGAUGAGAAGAAGAAGAGAGAAGUUGAAGGAGCCUGGUAAAUAUGAUGAAUAUAAAGAAAAAAUAAAACAAGCUUGUCGUAAAACUAGACAGAAGAAAAAAGAAGAAAUUGAGCGCAUACCUUUAUCGAAAAAAGCAAAAGUUAUUAUAGAAAAUCGAAGAAAAACCAAGGAAAGAGUAAGAAAGCAUCGACUUCAGAAAAAACAGAACGAACAAACAAACACAAUUGUAAAUGAAACUUCUAUCCGUGUGACACCACAAUCCAUUGGUAAAACUGUAGUUCGUGCUCGUAACGCAUUGCCUGCUUGUCCCAUAAAAAAGCAAUUGGUGCUUGGAAGACUUUUGGAUGAAUGCCCGAAGGAAAGCCCUCCUACUAUGCACGGUGCAUCUGGAUUAAACAAGAAAGUCAUUUUUGAAAUACAAACAUGUUAUCAGCGCGAUGAUAUAAGCCGCCAAGCACCUGGCUUAAAAGAUUAUGUCACAGUUCGCAAUGAAAGAGGAGAGAAGGAAAAAAUGCAGAUCCGGCAUUUAUUUUCAUCAGUGACUGAAACCCAUUCACUAUUUGUUCAAGAGCUUGGGAAUAUUGUGGGACGAAACAAGUUUGCUGAGCUCCGGCCAAAGCAUGUUUACCUGUCCAGCAAAUUGCCACAUAAUGUAAAACAAAUUUAAAAACAAAUACGUCGCCGAAUACAUUAAAAAUCUCGAAGAAAAGCAUAGCCUGCACCUGAUGUGGAACUACUUUGCUACAUCGCAUGGUAAAGGCCCGGUUGAUGGAAUUGGAUGAGCAUUGAAAAGGACGGUAAGGAGCAAAGUCUUAAAAAGAAAAGCAAUUGUGCCGAGCAGUUUGCAAUAGCAGCAAAAAAUUCAACUGUGAAAGUGAUCGUGGUUUCAACAGAGGAAAUUGAAGAACGAGCACGACUUCUACAAUUGGAAGAAAGUUUUGUAAAGGCUCCUGGCGUUCCUGGAAUAGCUAAGUGUCACAUAAUGUUCUGGAAAAAUAAUAUGCUCCAAAAAAGUCUAAUAUCAAAAGAUUUUUAUGAGAAAAUCGAAGAAAAUGUUGGGGCUAACGAUUCAUGGAAUGACGAUGAUAACCUUCCCUUAUCCGAAUGGAAAAACAAGCAUUCAUAAAGUUCAAGUUGGAAGUAACGCAAGUUACUAUUUUCGUGUAACGCAAGUUACCGUUGUUUUCUAUUUUUUUUUAAUUAUCUGUAAUAAAAUAAUUACUAUUUGUUGAUUAAAAUACUUUGACUCGUGACUUAAUCGACUUUAUUUUAUUUUUAUUUUAAGUUAUAUAACUUUAAAGUUAAAUAAAUAUUCAAUUAAAUAGAAUGAGGUCACAAUGUAGUCUCUAAUGUACAGACAAAGUAAAUUAGAUAACUUUUAACAAUGACAUAAAAGAGGUUUGUUUGCCGAUCAACAGUUCCAAAUGUAACGCAAGUUACCUUGGAUUUACCCUUUUGUAUUUUAAUUAUAAACCAAUCUUAAUAAUUUCCAGGUGAAUAUGUACAUCGAUCAGCUGGUGAUGUCGGUGCACGAAGAUGCGGUCAUAGCGCACACUCGGUGUCAGACCUACAUGAACGCCUGCACUUCGCAGCCCGACCCCUGCUCGGGCACCGACAAGAACUUCGAGUCCGCCAUCUUGGGCUGCACCCUUGAUGAUCAGAAAAGGGUGAAGAAACGCCUCCAGGGCCUCCUUGACUACUUCGCUAAGCUUAACAUCACAACUUGUACGUGAGAUGUGAGCUCGCUCGUUAGUUAACUGCACGUUCGCUGAGCGUUUUUCUCAACUGCCAGCUUCAUGUUUGUUUAUAUGUGUGGACGUAGCAAAAGUUUCGAGAGAUACAGACGUAGCUUGCAAAAUUUACUAAUGCGAGAAUCGAUACUUUACACUUCACUUAUUUACCUGUUUUCUUUCUUUAAAUAUUGCUACGUCUAUACACUGUUUAUUCCUAAGCGUGAGGAAAUGUGUUUCUGAGGUAUUUCGUUUUGUUAAAUGCGAC